GACAGAUCUUAUUUGAGUAAACUAAAAUCACUGGAAUUGAGAACUGAAGUUAAUUUAAUAUAAACAAAUUAAGGAAUAUCGAAUAAGUGUUUUAAUUUGUAUUAACAUAAAACCAUCUUCUGAUUUUUUUAAAAUAAUCUUUGGUGUUUUAAAACAUGGAAACAGUACUUUUUGCAAAUAUCAAGAAAUUGUAUGAUAAUGAGCUUUAUUCCUGUGUUAUUCCAACGGCAAGUCUGUUGAGUACUUUGUUGCAAAAUGAUCGCACAAUUGCUACACCGGAGUUAGAAUACCAGUUGUUACUUUACAGUGGCAAUUCAUAUUACCAAGAAAGGCGGUACUUUCGGCUGGCAGCCAAGCAAUUAGAUGCGGCUUUAUUACUACGUAAAGCUAUGGUUCGUUGUAAAAAUGUACAUCUUCCAUCUAUAGAAAGUACUUAUAAUCACUUUAGCGAAGUAGAGACACGUUAUCGUUUAGCUAUAUGUUAUCGCGAAAUGGGAGAACAAAAUUUGGCAACUGCAGCAUUACAAGCGGUGCCACAAAAAGCGCGUACUCCGAAAAUUAAUAUGAUGCUGGCUAAUUUUUUACAUUAUAGUCGCUCUGCUAAUACUUCUGAAGCGGUACUUUCAUAUAAGGAUGUUUUAAGAGAAUGUCCAUUAGCACUAGAUGCAAUAGAGGAACUGCUAAAGCUAGGAGUUGAUGGAAUCGAAGUAAACUCACUUAUUGUGAAUGCGAGUUGUGUGCCCAAAAAUAUAGAAUGGUUAAGUAACUGGAUUAAGGCGCAUGCACAAAUGUUUGGGCGCAAACAUCUAGAAGCGUCCAAAACGUUUCAGUCUAUUAACGAAAAUACGAAAUUUCAUCAAAAUGAACAAUUACUUACUUUAAUAGGAAAAUGCUUAUACUACCACGGCAGUUUUCCACAAGCACAACAUUAUCUAGAAACCGCUCUCAUGAUUAAUCCUUAUAGUAUGGACGCUCUUAUGCCGUUGGCUGUAGUAUAUGAAUAUAACCAAAAAUUACAAGAGUUGGAUAAAUUAACUGCACAACUUACAAAUAUUAAUGAAUUUUCAUCAGGUCAUUGGUUUGUUCUCGCUCAGUGUUUUUAUGGUGCAGGAAAAUUGGAAAAAGCUUCUUCAUUUACACAUAAAGCCAUAUCUGUUGAUUCUCGAAAUACAGAAGCUUGGUUGUUACGUGGAAAAAUUUGUUUGCAAUUAAAGCGUCAUAAAGAUGCUAUUUCCUUCUUUAGAGCGGCACAAUGUUUGGCAAAUUAUAGAUUUGAAGUAUAUAAAGGGCUUUUUCACUGUUAUGUAGGUUUAAGGCGUCUAAAAGAAGCACAAACAAUGUGUGCCCUAGCUGUUCGCUAUUUUCGAAACUCACCAAGAAGUUAUGUUAUGUUUGCUCGUACAUUAUUUCAUUCAACAAAUCCAUUGGCUAAAAAAAGUGCGAAAAAGUUUGUAUCAAAAGCAUUGGAGAUCGAUGAACAUUAUGCGCCUGCUGUUGCUCUAAUGGCUGAAGUCUGUCAAGCGGAAGGGGAAACACAGCAAGCAAUUGCUAUGCUUAAGAAGCAGGUAGUAAGUUAUCCUCAUCACAAGCUUUUUACAAUGCUAGGUGAUAUAUUAAGCUCUGAAAAAGAUCUUAAUGGCGCAUUGGAGUAUUACACAAUUGCUUUAAGCAUGGAACCACAGUACCAUAGAGCAGUAGAUGGCGUAAAUGCAUUAGGACAAGCAUCACGAUCAUCUGCGAAAGAUAGUGACGCAAUAAAUAAUUCAAUGGCACAAGAUGAAGAAUGGCCUAUAGAAUGCGACGAGCCGUCCAUGGAAGGAGUGGAGUUAUCAUCGCCAGCUAUUGCCCAUGAUGCCGAUGGCGAAUCAGAUACGUUUUCAGACCCAUUUUGGCAAGAUGUUGAUGCUGAACUAGUAACUUAAACCAAUGUAUAAAAAAAUAAAACAACUGUUUACUCUAUCGAUACUAGUAUUUCACAUAUAUUUCUCAUGUUUAUUUCACAACUAAUAUUCAAUACUAAUUUUUACUUUAAAAAUUACUAACAAUACGUUACACAAAAUAAAUCUAAGAAUGGUAUAUUUGAAAAUAA